AUGGACAGCAUAAGCACAAAUUUGCUCCUACUCCUGGCUCUCGUCUGUCUGUUCCUGACCAUCGGCUCAAGGGGCAAAGACCAGCUUCCCCCAGGCCCCAGACCCCUCCCACUCCUGGGAAACUUGCUGCAGCUUCGCUCCCAAAACAUGCUGAGCUCCCUCACCAAGCUGAACAAGGAUUUCGGUUCAGUGUACACAGUGUACCUGGGGCCCAGGCGGGUGGUGGUCCUCAGCGGGUACCAAGCUGUGAAGCAGGCUCUUGUGGACCAGCGGGAGGUGUUUAGUGGCUGUGGAGACUACCCUGUCUUUUGGUGUUACCGCCUGGGGUCUGGUGUGUUGCACACUGCGUCUCCCGAGCCGCGCGGCCGACCCGUUAGCCCCUCACCCUCAGGCGAGCCCUUCGACCCCAAGUUUGUGCUGAGCCGCUUGGUGUCCAACAUUAUCUGCUCCGUGAUCUUCGGCACCCGUUUCGACUACGACGAUAAACGUCUGCUCACCAUUAUCCACCCCAUCAAUGACAACUUCCAAAUCAUGAGCAGCCCCUGGGGAGAGCGCUACAAUAUCUUUCCGAGCCUCCUGGACUGGGUGCCCGGGCUGCACCAACACCUUUUCCAGAACUUCGGAGGCAUGAAGGACCUCAUCGCCCGCAGCGUCUGUGACCACCAGGCCUCCCUCGACCCAAACUCUCCGCAGGACUUCAUUGAUUGCUUCCUUACCAAGAUGGCACAGGAGAAGCACUUCCACAUGGAUACUCUGCUGAUGACCUCACACAGUCUGCUCUUUGGAGGCUCCGAGACCGUGGGUACCACGCUGCGCCACGCUUUCCUCGCGCUCAUGAAGUAUCCAAAAGUGCAAGCCCGCGUACGGGAGGAGAUCGACCGCGUGUUGGGACGCGCGAGGCUGCCUGCGCUGGAGGACCGAGCGGCCAUGCCUUACACAGAUGCGGUGAUCCACAAGGUGCAGCGCUUCGCAGACGAUCCCAUGAGCUUUCCACACCGCGUCACUCGGGACACGACUUUUCAAGGCUUCCUGCUACCGCGGGGCACGGAUAUGAUCACCCUCUUUAAUACAGUCCACUACGACCCCAGCCAAUUUCUGACGCCCUGGGAAUUCAACCUUGAGCAUUUUCUGGAUGCCAAUCAGUCCUUCAAGAAGAGACCUGCCUUCAUGCCUUUCCCAGCCGGGCGCCGAGCAUGCCCCGGAGAGUCUCUGGCCCGGACUGAGCCCUUUCUCUACCUGAUGUGGCUGUUACAGCGUUUCUCCCCACUUCGCCACGGCCCUCCUGCGGCUCUGGACCUGCAGCCCCAGGACAGUGGCUUUGGGAAGCAGCCACCACCUUUCCAGCUCAUCCUGCAACCACGACAGCUCCUGCAGAGCCAAGCCCAACUCCUACACUGA